CAGACUCCUCGCUGGGCUCGCUCAGCACAUCUUGCUAACCUAAUUCAGAAAGCAAGCGCCACAGCUCUCUGCUGCCUGCCGCCUCUGCUCAGCAUAGCCUUUUCAGGUGAUCCAGAAAACGGCUAUUUUUAUGAGCAAAUAAGAAAAAAAAACAGGAAUCAUGAUGGGAAUGUAUUUAACAGAUCCGGUCCUGGAUAAAACUUAAAGCCAGUUCCUCUUCAACAUAGUGAAAAGGUCACCUUGCCUGGCUGAGAAAAGCAGCAAAAUACCAGCUUGUCGGUUUCUGUUAACAUCUUAGCUCUGGCUAGCCUCUUUGCCUAGAUGUUGGAGCAAAUUUGGGAUAUCUAGCUCUAAAAAGAGACAUCCUGUACUCAUGGUAGAUGAUAAAGAAAAGAACAUGAAAUGUCUCACCUUCUUCUUGAUGCUUCCAGAGACAGUAAAGAACAGGUCCAAGAAAGGUUCAAAGAAAGCAAACAGCAGUGGCGUUGGUGGCGGCGGCAGCAGUGGCAGCAGCAGCGGCGGCAGCAGCAGCAAGUUGCCCCCAGUUUGUUAUGAAAUAAUUACCUUGAAGACUAAAAAGAAGAAGAAGAUGGCUGCUGAUAUAUUCCCCCGGAAGAAACCAGCCAGCUCCAGCAGCACCAGUGUCCAGCAGCACCACCAGCACAAUCUCUGUAACAACAACCUCAUCCCGGCCCCCAACUGGCAGGGUCUUUAUCCCACCAUCAGAGAAAGAAAUGCGGUGAUGUUCAAUAAUGACUUGAUGGCAGAUGUACAUUUUGUGGUUGGGCCACCAGGUGGGACUCAGCGGUUGCCAGGACACAAAUACGUCUUAGCUGUUGGGAGCUCAGUGUUCCAUGCAAUGUUUUAUGGAGAACUUGCUGAGGACAAAGAUGAAAUCCGAAUACCAGACGUCGAACCUGCUGCUUUCCUCGCCAUGCUGAAAUACAUCUAUUGUGAUGAAAUUGACUUGGCUGCGGACACAGUGCUGGCCACACUGUAUGCUGCCAAAAAGUACAUAGUUCCUCACCUUGCCAGAGCCUGCGUUAAUUUCCUGGAGACGAGCCUGAGCGCCAAGAAUGCCUGUGUACUCCUGUCUCAGAGCUGCCUGUUUGAGGAGCCAGACCUGACACAGCGUUGCUGGGAAGUGAUCGACGCUCAAGCUGAGUUAGCACUGAAGUCCGAGGGAUUCUGCGACAUCGACUUCCAGACACUCGAAAGUAUCCUCCGCAGGGAAACGCUGAAUGCCAAAGAAAUAGUGGUUUUUGAGGCAGCCCUAAACUGGGCUGAAGUAGAAUGCCAGCGGCAGGAUCUGGCCUUGAGCAUUGAAAAUAAACGCAAGGUCCUAGGAAAGGCCCUGUACUUGAUCCGCAUCCCCACCAUGGCCCUGGAUGACUUUGCAAAUGGUGCUGCGCAGUCCGGUGUAUUAACUCUCAACGAGACCAAUGACAUCUUCCUCUGGUACACUGCAUCCAAAAAGCCGGAGUUGCAGUUCGUGAGUAAAGCCCGAAAGGGCCUGGUCCCCCAGCGUUGUCACCGAUUCCAGUCAUGUGCCUAUCGGAGCAACCAGUGGCGCUACCGGGGUCGCUGUGACAGCAUCCAGUUUGCAGUUGAUAAGAGGGUAUUCAUCGCAGGCUUUGGGCUGUAUGGUUCUAGUUGUGGCUCUGCAGAGUACAGCGCCAAGAUUGAACUCAAACGGCAGGGCGUUGUCUUGGGCCAGAACUUGAGCAAGUACUUCUCAGAUGGAUCCAGCAAUACCUUCCCUGUGUGGUUUGAAUAUCCGGUGCAGAUUGAGCCAGAUACCUUCUACACAGCCAGUGUCGUGCUGGAUGGCAAUGAACUCAGCUACUUCGGACAAGAAGGCAUGACGGAAGUUCAAUGUGGCAAGGUGACUGUCCAGUUUCAGUGCUCCUCAGACAGCACCAACGGCACUGGCGUACAGGGGGGGCAGAUCCCUGAACUCAUAUUCUAUGCUUGAACCUUGCUUUCCUUACACAUCAUGAGGCAUCCACAUGGGCCCUCCUUGCCUGACGCUUAGUUCGUCUCCAAUAUGUGGUCAGCACAGGUAAUUUGUAAUGAAUGAAGCGGUAGGCAGUUUCUAAUGUCUUUGAACCUUUUAAUUAUGUACAGGCUAAAAUGCAACAUUCCGCUUUUAACUAUAUGCUUAGAAGAGCCAAGUUCUUUACUCAGGCUUUGUGGUUUUAGAGUUGCGUCUGUAUGCCUAGGGAGAUCAUGUGCUUUUUCAAGUGCCCACCAACCUCCCACUUUUGUACCUCUGAAGAAGAUUUUGGAUCGACUUGAAUUUCCUUUGACGAAUGGAAAUACGUAUUCUAAAGUAAUAUCAUCAAGUUAUUUUUAAACGGAACCCCUCCCUUCCUCUCAAAAAGAAUAAAUGAAAACAAAAACAAAACAAAAAACAGGUAAACCUCAGUGUACGAUUUUGAAAGAAUAUUUGCUUUGUAACAAACUUGGAAAGUAAACAGUGGGCCAGUGGUCAUGGUUGACGCUCUUUA